AUGGUCCUCCGCGUAUUUUCGCUGCCGCUGGGCUUGAGACACGCCCUUCUGACGCCGCGGCCACCGGUCAAGGCCUUUCCCUUGCGCCGCUCUUCCCACUGGGCGUCCGACCCGCGUCUGCUGUCUUUCUUCACCCGCAGCCCUGUUCCACGAUUUUCUCUGACGCGGGCUUUACUAUGGUCUGUGCCAAUUGCUGGAGGUUUGACCUUGUACUUGCUCCCGCAGCCGCGAAAUUUUCUGCAUGAUCUAGUCGCGUCCCCGGCCAUAAUCCCCUGCUCAGUAGACGCUCGAAAACCGUUGGAGCCCGUGAUCAACUCCCCUCUGGAAGCAAACCGUACAUUCUUUGGUCGUAUAGCUCGGAUAUUUCGCAACACGAUAUGGGAGCCUAUCCUCACUGCUCGCCGGUUCAUCCACCUACUCGCGCUCUUCCUUCCGGUCCUCUUAAGCGUCCCCAUGUUAUUGGUGGGCGUACCGGAGUCAAAGUAUGACGGAGAUAGAUGGGGGGCGGUCUGGUGGUACGGAUUCUUGGUAGAGCAGAUGGAAAGAGCAGGGCCAACCUUCAUCAAGUUGGCACAAUGGGCGGCGUCACGCGCGGACUUAUUCCCCGCUAUACUUUGUGAUAGGAUGGGCAAACUACACUCCCGGGGCAAUCCUCAUCCCCUUCAUCAUACCAAACGUGUAAUUGAGUCUGUCUUCCAGAGACCAUUUGAUGAAGUGUUCGAGGAAUUCCACGAGGAGCCCAUUGGCUGUGGUGCUAUAGCACAAGUUUACAAAGCCACUCUCAAGCAUGACCUCUUACCUCCCUCGUACCUCGGACCCCGCCGCAACCGCUCUCAGCCUCUGGUAACCCUUGGUCCAUCCGAGCCGCCACCGUCGGCUCCCACUGCCGCCGUAGCUCUGAAGAUUCUCCACCCAGGUGCAGCCGCUCUGAUCUCACGCGACCUUUCCAUCAUGUCCUUCUUCGCCCACGCUCUGUCCGUCCUCCCCGGCAUGCAAUGGCUCUCACUCCCAGACGAGGUGGAGGUAUUCGGCCAGAUGAUGUAUGAGCAGCUUGAUCUGCGCCGUGAAGCGGAGAAUCUCGAGCAGUUCGAGCGGAAUUUCAAGAAUCGGCCCGAGCCUAUCGCGUUCCCGAGGCCGUUGAAGACGUGGUCGGCGAAAGACCUCCUUGUGGAAGAGUAUCAAAACGCGUUGCCGCUGGAGGCGUUCUUGAGGAACGGCGGUGGCCCUUUCCAGGAUGCUUUGGCAGAGCUUGGCUUAGACGCGUUCUUGAACAUGUUACUUUUAGAUAACUUCGUCCAUGCUGACCUGCAUCCGGGUAACAUCAUGAUCAAGUUCUACAAGCCCGCCUCCGAACCUCUGGGCGAGAGCAUAUUCAGGCGUCUCCUCAUCCUGGACAGGAAAAAGGACCCGGUGGAAUAUGUGAAAGGCGCGACGAUGGAUUCUGACACCAUCAUCGAGAAGCUGCGGCCCAUAAUGCACGAUCCCGACGCCUGGCGAAAGGAGCUGGACAGGCUCAGCAUGCAGGGCUACGCACCGGAGAUCGUCUUCGUCGACGCGGGGCUGGUGAACCAGCUGAACGCCACGAACCGGCGCAACUUCUUGGAUCUCUUCCGGGCAGUGGCAGAGUUCGACGGCUACCGCACCGGGCAAUUAAUGGUCGAGCGGUGCCAGACGCCCGAGCUGGCUAUCGACACGGAGACGUUCGCGCUGAAGAUGCAGCACCUCGUCUUGAACGUCAAGCGGAAGACGUUCUCUCUUGGGUCUAUCAAGAUCAGCGACAUUCUGACGGAGGUCCUGAAGGCUGUCAGGGAGCACCACGUGCGGAUGGAAGGCGACUUUAUCAACACCGUCAUUAGUAUAUUAUUGCUCGAGGGGAUAGGGAGGCAGCUCGACCCUGGACUGGAUUUGUUCAAGAGCGCGCUGCCGAUCCUCCGGCAGCUGGGGAAGCAGAUGAGUGCGCAGGAGGCGAUGACGGAGCUGCCGGGUGGGAAUACGGGGGCGUUCUUGAAGGUGUGGGUGUUGGCGGAGACGCGGGAGAUGGUGAACGCUGCGUUCUCGAACACGGAUGAUUUGAUUCGGUAUGAUUGGCUUACGCCGAAUGCGUAAGAGCUCUCCCGCUAUGAUAAUCUGCGAGCUAUAAGUAUGGGUAUAUUCACCCGACCUCCCUGGAAUAGACAGGAUGAUCCCGUCAUGUUCGGGAAGCUAAGGAUUGAUCAUGAUGGACAAAGAAGUAUAGAUACACACCACCCUCUACUGUAUCAUAGGAGACUAGAUAAUAGACGACAAUCUAGAAUCGAAGCAUUACCCGG